GGGAGCUUCCCCUGUCAGUGACUCAGUCAGUUGAUACUGAAAAUGCUGUUAAAUAUGAUACGAAGUAAAUACGCGUUUUAAAGGCAGCUGUUAAAAAGUGCAUCUUUUGGGGAAAAAAAUAGGACAGUUUUUGUUCAAUUAGAAUUUACCAUUUGGCAGAUUUCUGAAUCAUUGUGAUACUGUCGAUGUUUACUAAGUUUUUUGCACUUUUGUUCCCAAAAAGACGUUUCGUACUUAAUCGUUAUAUACUGAGUGUAAGUACUUCCAAGUCAUGGGGUCCAAUUGAAUAUUUGACUUUUACUGCUGGUACUUUUCUAAAAUUACUGAACACCGUCCUACACGUACGCAUGUUGGACUUUUUAAAAUUAAUUUUGAAGCAGGGAAAUACAUGAGAAUCGUUCUAUCAAGACACUUCCCAAAGAAAGAAUCUUGUGAUGUAGUGUGCUGAUUUACAUGUGAACUAAACGCACACUCAUCCAGUUGCUUUUCCUUUUUUUUGCAAUUUUCUGCGCUCAUCCUCGCCCAGUGCCAACAAUGUGUCGAUCUAUUACAUAAAGUAAACAAACGUGACCUGGUAUAAGUAUCGUUUUAAAGGUCAAUGAUUUAUUUAUACUAGUAUUUCGUGCUAACAUGCCCCAUGUUGUUAAAGUUGUUUUUAAUGUAAUAUUGUGAAAACAAACAACAAAACUAUCUAGACGCAGCCAGAGCGGUUCUGAAAUUCCAGCCAGAUGUAGGCAUUAUGUAGUUCAAUCAGUCUUUGGCGGCAGCACUGUCCCAUUAAAAGAAAUACAUGGAAUAAUCAUCAUCGAUCCGCCUGUAUCUCUUACGUGCUGAUGUGGUUUUAAACAGGGAUAAUCGCGGCGCUCUAGUUUGUUUAUUACUCAAAUUGUCCGAGGGAGGGUCGCGGAUGUGCACAAUUUCUGGGCGGCGGUGGUGUUCCGGCGUGCGUGCGUCACGGGCGCACAGUCACCUCGCGCUGCGUUUUCUCAACGGUCGUCGCGUUGUGCUCUAGGCUGAGGCGAAGAUGGCCGCCGGUUCCUUUUCUGCAGUCGCUAAUACCUCCACUAACAAUGAAGGCAUCCUCAUCGGCGACAAGCUGUACUCUGAGGUCUCCCUCACGAUCGACAACUCGCUCAUACCGGAGGAGCGGCUUUCGCCGACACCGUCUAUGCUGGACGGCCUCGACCUCCAGACCGAAACGGACCUCCGUAUCUUGGGGUGCGAACUAAUCCAAUCUGCCGGUAUUCUUCUUCGGCUGCCUCAGGUGGCCAUGGCUACGGGACAGGUGCUCUUCCACCGCUUCUUCUACUCCAAAUCUUUUGUGAAACAUAGUUUCGAGAUCGUGGCAAUGGCUUGCGUGAACCUGGCCUCUAAGAUCGAGGAAGCGCCGCGCCGGAUACGAGACGUGAUCAACGUUUUCCACCACUUACGGCAGCUCAGGGCCAAGAGGAGUGCAAGUCCACUGAUUCUGGAUCAGAACUACAUUAACACCAAAAAUCAAGUCAUUAAAGCAGAGCGGCGAGUUCUGAAGGAGCUGGGCUUCUGUGUUCACGUCAAGCAUCCGCACAAGAUCAUUGUAAUGUACCUACAAGUCCUUGAAUGUGAGAAGAACCAAACGCUCGUUCAGACCGCCUGGAAUUACAUGAACGACAGCCUUCGGACAAGUGUGUUUGUGAGGUUUCAAGUGGAGACCAUCGCCUGUGCCUGCAUUUACCUUGCUGCCCAUGCUCUACAAAUGCCCCUCCCCACUAAGCCACACUGGUUUCUACUCUUUGGAGCCACUGAGGAAGAGAUUAGGGACAUUUGUAUCACCACUCUGAAACUCUACACUAGGAAGAAGCCUAACUACGAGUUGUUGGAGAAAGAGGUAGAAAAGCGGAAGGUGGCCCUGCAGGAGGCCAAGCUUAAGGCUAAGGGACUGAACCCAGACGGCACCCCUGCUCUGUCCACCCUGGGUGGCUUCUCUCCGGGGUCCAAGCCAUGUUCUCCGAGAGAAGUGAAGGGGGAUGAGAAGUCUCCAAAUCCACAGGUGCUGAAAGCAGUGAAAAAGGAACCAGAAGACAGACCACAAAGCUCUAAGAGUCCUCACAAUGGUCUCAGGAAGGAAAACAAGUUGAACCGCAACAGCAGGAGUGAGAGUCGGUCACGCUCCAGGUCUCGGUCACGCUCCCGUUCACCUCGCAGGCAUGAGAGUGAAUUCUGGCCUUUGUGCUCACACAGCUACAACACACGGCGAAGUCGCUCUGGCACCUACAGCUCACGCAGCCGGUCACAUAGCCGGAGCCCGUCGCCCCGCCGUCACCAGAACCACGCCUCGCCCGCCCCACUGCUUUUGCCGCACCUGAAGCCCAAGCACCGGGCUGACGAGCUCAAACUACAAGGUCGGCAUGGACACAAGAGGAAGAAGUCACGUUCACGGUCUGCUAGCAAGUCCCGUGAACGUGAGCGGGACCGCGAACGUGACAGGGUCACCUCCGAGCCCGCUUCCAAGAAGCACAAACACGAACGCAGUAGUGGCGGCCACCAUAGGGACCGGCGGGAACGGUCCCGCUCGUAUGAUCGUGCACACAAGAGCAAGCACCACGGCAGCGGUCACUCAGGCCACAGUCGACACCGGCGCUGAAACCUGUCCUGUGGUCUGGCUCUAAGGGGGAGGGGCAUGUAGGGCCUUCAUUCCCUCUCUGCUCCGUGAUUGGCUUGUUCUGUCGCUAUCAUCUGCGGACCUUUAGGUGUAAAGUUAUGAACUUGAAACUACAUAUUUACAGUGUAAAGAUGGCUUAUUGCCAACAUAUUACAAUGAAUGCUUUGAUUUAUAAAAGCAACCGGUAAUGGCCGGGGAUUGGGGGGGGGGUAAAACAAUUCAGGAAAGACAUCAAGAUUUUGCACAGUUUAAAGUGAAUACCUGGACGUGUUCGUUUUGCUUUUCCAGGCAUACGUAUGUAUACAGGAGUUUGCUGUACAGAUGCGAGAAAACGGGGUUCUCUAGACAUAGACCUUAUUUUUUUACAGCUGACUGCAGACACUUGAUUUCUGACCUCUUUUGUUAGAAUCGUGGUGAAUUUGUUACACUGGUUUUUAGUCUGCACGUGUUCAUGUCUGAUUUUUACUCAAUAAAAAAAAGUGAUUCUGA